AUGGGAGAUCUAGCAGACUUCCUCAUAGAACAUGACCAAAACUUUCGGAAAGCUCGGCUUCCAGCUCUCUAUUCCGACUUCCGUCCCCAAAGAACCCUCAACCCCGAUGGUUUCCAAGCCAACGUCAACGCCUGGAGACAGGCCCUCGCCCGCGCAGCCUGGGAGGGCAGGAUAGCAUCGCAAGUUGCAGCACCGAACCUAUUGGUAGUAAACGUCGACGAGCAACUUGUGCGAUCCCUCGAGAGCAAACAGUUUGGUCGACCCCUCGCCCUGGGCACCGUCGUCAGGGAAGCCCUCAACGACAAAGACCUCUACCCCCUCAAAGAUUUCCUAAGCGCAAAGGAUAGCAUAUACACAAAAUCGUGGUCGCAGGUUCCGUGGAGUGUGGUGUCUUGGGCGGCCGGUCAGCUCGGGUUUGGAGGCAAGUCGACCUCGGGUGAGGACAAGCUGCCCAAGGGUCAGUUUGUUGUGAUUAAGAAUGUCGAGACGACGGCGAAGAGUCUUGCAGGGAGGGUCAACUCUGCGGACACACGCUUCGACAGGACAUACACAAAGUCCCACUUCCAAAAGACUUUUGCGGAUAGUCUGGUUGAGAACAGAAGAUUAUCCGAGACGGAUGUCGAUAUUCUUCUCGUCUUCCUCUCACGCGACAAGGGCCUGGUGGUUUACGAUGGCAAGGUUGUUAAGAUCAAGGGCUCAGGGGCGGAGGAGGAUGAGACUUCUAUAACGGAGGAGGAUGCUGCUGUUUCGUCUCUGAAAGAGCUUAUCGACGAUCUCAAGAUUCAGACUUCUUUGCUCUCAACUCGCAUCGACGAACUUACAGCGACGGCAAAGGAAGCUGUCACGAAGAAGAACAAGGUCGCGGCGAUGGCGGCGCUCAGGUCGAAGAAGCUGACAGAGUCAUCGCUAACAACCCGCUUUACGACACUGGGACAGCUUGAGGAUGUCGCGGCGCGGAUCCAGCAGGCGCGUGACCAGGUGCAGCUCGUCAAGGUCAUGGAGGCGAGCACUGGCGCGCUCAAGGGACUCAAUGAGAAGGUUGGUGGCGCAGACCGCGUCGGGGAUGUGGUGGCUGCGCUGCGGGAGCAGAUGGGCGAGGUGGACGAGAUCGGCGAUAUCAUCGCCGACGCGAACGCUGCUCCGGCAGACGAGAUCGAAGUCGACGACGAGCUGGCGGAGAUGGAGCGCGAGGAGAGGGAGAAAGAAGAAGCCAUCGAGCGGGCGAGAAAGGAGAAGGAGGCUGCGGCGGAGAAGGCGAGAAAGGAGGCACAGGAGGCCAAGGAGGCCGAGGAGAUGGAACGCAGGCUAGAAGCGGAGAUGGAGGGCUUGAAGGCACCUGUCACAGAACCCGCGAAGGAGGGCGAAGGAGCCAAGACACCGUCGCGGGAAACGGCCGAAAGCCUGGAGAAGCUAGAAUUGGAGGAGCGGCCGCAGCCGCAAGCUGCAUGA